AUACCAAGAGUCACUUUCGUGGGUCCUCGUGGCGAUUGGGCGGCAAGGAAAAAGAGCUGCAGCAAUCUAUUUUUGCUUCCCGUUGACGAAAUGUAUUCGUGGAUGCGUGUCCUCAUGCAUACACACGAGUACUUCAAAACAAAUCGUAUAGAGAUUGACGAUUCGGAAACGGCAAAGGCUGCUCUACUCGCAUUGCAAUCGAGGAUGGAGGAAGGCGGAGAGCGAGGAAGCUGA